AUGAAAGUCGCCGUGAUAUCAUUUUUCACUCUGGCCUUAAUUUCAUGUUGCCAUGGCAAUCAGAAAGAUCAUCCCGAUGCAUAUUUGAGCCGGUUCGUCGCCGACUUGUGGCUGGAAGGCGCUGACGUAAUAAAAAUCAUUUGGAGGGACUGUUCCAAAAAACUAGUCGAAGUAAAGGAUGUUAUCGACCAUAAGGAAUACUUUCCAAAAUUCAUAAGGUGCAUGAAGAGGAAAACAUUGCGAGCAUUAGAUCGUGCAUUAUCUCCUGAUAUAGUGCCUGUAGCCGAAGGAAUUAAUUUGGUGAGAUUUGAACUUGUUGAUCGCUCUGGAAACAUCAUGCCUGAAAAUGAUACGAGUUCGUGGACAGAUAAAGAGCUUGAAGAAGAAGAAUGGAGAACAUUAGCUCUCCGACGAAUGGCUAAAGUGUUAAGAACCCACGUUAUAAAAUUUGAUUUUGAAAAUGAGAAAUCUAUUGACAGUGUUCAAACAGUUGAAUACAGAGGUAGACGGCGGCAUCAAAUGAUGACAAUGAUGAUGUUCGGUAUAGUAUCAAUUGGCAUGGUCUUAAUUCCAAUGGGUUUCCAAUUCUUAGCCGUUCUUGGCGGAAAGGCACUAUUAUUAGCUAAGAUGGCGCUUAUUUUAGCAUCCAUACAAGGACUUAAAAAGGUAGACAAUAGUAAUGAUGGGUAUCAUGAAAGGGGAAAGAUUGCUUCAAGUCCGGUGAACUAUGGCUUUUACCAAUCCUACCACCCUUACGAUUACUACGAAAAGCGAAGUCGAGAUAAUUGGCUACCACCAGCUAUCAUGCCUGGAACACCACCACCCGCAUUAUCUGCACCACAGUGGCCUUUAGAUUCUGGAGUUAAAAUCGACAGAAGAAUUUCAGCAGACACAACUAAAACUGUAAAAGAUAAUAAUGCUGAUGUUGUAACGUGGAAGCCCGAACUAAAUAAAGUGACUAAAGGAGAAAUGGAACCUAGAGUAUAUCCAGUCUAUACUGUAUCUCAAACUCCAUCAGUUUUUACUGCAAUUGAUUCUCCUACUUCCCUUGUAGAUAUAACAACGAGACCAGGCGAAGUUCAAGCUGAUUAUACUAUAGAUCUACCUUACAAUGGAUUUCGUUUUCAAACUCCCUCUACUGUCAUUUCAGCUUGAUGUAUUUAUACAAUUAUUUAGAGCAUUGUUUGAUAUAGUAGUUAACAUAUACACAUAUUUAUC